GCUCUGAGGGUGUGCACCGCAUCGCGCCGCCCCUCCGACGAUCGGCCGGCCGCUGCUCCCCACGCCGCCCCACCCCUUCGAUGCCAGCCGCGCGUCGCUCCCCGUGCCGCGCUACCCCUUUGAGGCCGGCCGUGCGCCACUUCCCGCGCCGCCUCGCACCUCGGCCGCUAGCCGUGCACUGCUCCCCACACCGCCACGCCCCUCUGACGGUGGCCACCCGCGCUGCCCCAUGCCGCCCUGCGCCGCCCCGUUCCUCCGCCGCCCACUGCUCCCUGCGCCGCCCCACCCCGCCGCUGGCGGACUGCCUGCUGCUCCCACACCGUGCCACCCCUCCGCCGCUAGCGGGCCGCCUGCUGCUCUAGUGCCGCGCCACUUCUCCGCAGCGUGAGGAGGGGAUGGAGAUGGAUAGGCUGGAGCUUGUUGAUUCCAUCUCUAUUUCUAGUGCAUCCUAACAGUCAUUUUGGUAUAGUUGCUCAGUUUCAGUACCAGCCUGAUUUCGUAUCGGACCCAAUUCAAUACCUAGCCCUCCAAUAUCCACAUUCAAAUGGACCUUUAGUCAAUUUUUAUAAUAGCAGACGUGGAUAAUUUAUUAGAAAAGAUAACAGAUCCAAUUACUAUUUUGAUUAGAGUUGUCGAAUCGACGGCUAGAUGUUUCUAAUUUUAUGAGAAUUUUUAGGAUUUUUUUAAUUUUUUAGAGUGUCCACCUUAAAUUCUAGGUGAUUUCACAUGGAGACUUAAGAAAAAGCCUCUUAUUACUAAUUAAUAGUAGUAAGAUUAUUAUCUCUUGUCAAAUCUCUUUUUUUUUCUUUCUCCCCCCUGUAAACACUUGUAUUUUUAUCGUGCGGAGAAGAGAAGAGAAACGGGAGCAAGAAGACGUCAGGACGCGCUGAGCCCAAGGGAACAACCACUCUAGCAGCAUCUGUCUUUUUGUAUAGGAAUAUAAUUCGAGCUGCAGAUCGGACACGUCGUGCCACCGCCGGAUGUAUCCUAGAGCAGCUCAAUAAUUGGAAAGCUUGUAUUCUUCGCCACAGGAGAUAAAAGUUUGCUUCCGUCUGGAUAUUCCCAUGCGAUCAACGUCAUCCUCCUUUGGGAUCUUUCGCAGACAUCGUUGAAUUUUUCGAGCAGGGGACACUGAACCAUAGGGGGAAAUGAAAUAUCUGUCAGUCGUAGUCGUCGCUCAUGAGUCGGGCAAAUGUUGACAGCAAAUUCAGACUUGCGCAACGCGUGCUGUCUAGUAUUUCUUUCUACUGUCUAUUCUUUCCAUCUCUUGACGGUCCACUUGUCGAGUUGCUUGUCAUCUUCAGAGCUUCAGACUUGCAGCGUACAAAUCUUGGUUGCUAUCUCUUUUCUGCAUGCCAUUCAAAGGGCUUCGAGAUGGGUGAAGCUGGUGAAAUUCAGCUGCAGAUCGCAGGUAUCCGAGGCCAAGAAGGCGGAGACGAUCAUGGACAGAGAGCCGGGAACGGUGGUGCAUGUCCUCCGACAACCGCGGCACCGCGGCCGGCGUUGUCGAAACGGCUCGCGUGGUGGGCGCUGGUCCUCGUCAACGUCGUGUUCGUCCUCGCCGGGCAGAGCGUGGCCACGCUCCUCGGCCGGAUCUACUACGACCAGGGCGGCAAGAGCCUGUGGAUGCAGACGGUGGUGCAGUCCUGCGGCACGCCGCUCGCCAUCCCGCUGCUCCUCUACUUCCGGACCAGGAAGUCAUCCUCCUCCUCAUCCGUGGCGCCGGCUGCCCGGCCGCCGCUCGCCAAGCUCGCCGCCAUCUACGCCGGCCUGGGCGUCCUCCUCGCCGGCGACAACCUGAUGUACUCGUACGGCCUCCUGUACCUGCCCAUGUCGACCUACUCGAUCAUCGGGGCGAGCCAGGUGUCGUUCAACGCCGUCUUCUCCUAUUUCCUGAACAAGGAGAAGUUACAGGCGCUCAUCCUCAACUCCGUCGUGCUGCUCACCUUCUCGGCAGCGCUCGUCGGCGUGAGCCACGGCUCGGACGGGAGCGGCAGCGACAUCCCCAAGGGGAAGUUCCCGGCGGGGUUCGCGCUGACGCUGUCGGCGUCGGCGCUCUUCUCCCUGAUCCUGUCCCUGAUGCAGCUGACCUUCGAGGAGGUGCUCAAGAGCGACACGCUCCCCACCGUGCUGGAGAUGCAGUUCUGGAGCAACACCGCGGCCGCGUGCGUGUCCGUGGCCGGGCUGUUCGCCUCCGGGGAGUGGCGCGGCAUCGCCGGGGAGAUGGCGGCGUACCGGAAGGGCGAAGUGGCGUACGCGAUGACGCUGGCGUGGACGGCCGUCUCGUGGCAGCUCUGCACGAUGGGGCUCAUGGGGCUGGUCGCGGCGGUGUCGUCGCUGUUCACCAACGUGAUCAGCACGGUGGGCACGCCGCUGUCGCCCGUCAUCGCGGUGAUCUUCCUCGGCGACCGAGUGGACGGGGAGAAGCUGCUGGCCAUGCUCAUAGGUGUUUGGGGGCUCCUGUCCUACGUGUAUCAGCACUACCUCGACGACAGUGCCAAGGCCAAGAAGAUGGGGGAGAAAUCUGACGAACAACUCCAAGCUGGAAAAAUCUCUGCAGAAUAAUGCUUGAUUUUUUCUUUUGGUUUCUGCCACGACCAACGAUCAUACCACAACGCUACUUAAUUGCUGUAUGGAAUUUCCUGUCAGGGCCGCUGGAAAAUGCUGAAAUCUCAGUCUUUUGCCGGCAGAAGUUCAGUUCACUAGUUCAAAGCUGGAUCAAGUGGAUUGGUUCCUCCAAUUGUGAGAUAACGCAUCCUGAAUACUUUUCAAAGCAAAACAUCACCCUAGCGUACCCGCUUGGCCGCUUGCCGUAUUGAGUACAUACUGAUGGGUGAUGCAAUCAUGGGAGCCGUAGAGAAAAUGGACGUCAGCAGCUGCAAAUCUGAAAGGGAUUUAUACUAGUCAUGUUUUCACCUUUUCACAUGUAACUGCUGCUUCCUCAGAUUGAAACUGAUGUUUUUCAUUUGAAAGGAUGAUGAUUGAAACUGA